UUCCGGUACUCUGCACUGAGGUGGCCGGAUCACGUCGGCGUACAGAGGAGCCUCAUAACGCGUUGCUUUUGCUCACGUGACCCACGUCUCGGCGAACAGCGUUCCGACUGUGCUGACGUGUACUGUCACCCUGCGCCUGCUCUAGAAAGGCUGUGGGUUGGGCGCGCUUGCGUAGUUCAGGAGUUUGGAUCCUGGUCUCGCUGGGCUGUGGGAAGGGGAAGCUGCUGGACCUGGAUCAGAUCUGGGCCUGUAACUGAGGCCGUGCGGAGACGACUAGGGUGGCCUGAGUAAGCAAGCGGCUCCCAGGCAUGCCCCCCCUGUGAGCCGCGUGGAUCAGACGAUGGGACGGCGCCGGGCGCCAGAGCUGUACCGGGCGCCGUUCCCGCUGUAUGCGCUGCGGGUCGAGCCCAGCGCCGGCCUCCUUAUUACUGCGGGCGGGGGCGGCGCCGCCAAGACCGGCAUCAAGAAUGGAGUGCACUUUUUGCAACUGGAACGGAUUGGUGGGGCUUUGAGUGCCUCUUUGCUGCAUUCCCAUGACACAGAGACUAAGGCUACCAUGAACCUUGCCCUUGCAGGCAAUAUUCUUGCUGCAGGGCAGGAUGCUAGCUGUCAACUCCUUCAGUUCAGUCCCCAAGAUCAGGAGACCAGUGACAAGCAAGACAAUGCAGGUUCUCAGGAGGAAGGUCCACGACAAAGGAAGGGGACAGUAACCACCACUGAAACACAAGAAACUGGGGCAUCAACUCAGCAAGAGGGGGUGGAAUUGAAUGUGGAGAACUUGCAGUCUGUGCAGACGGACUUUGGCUCUGACCCACUGCAGAAGACUGUGUGCUUUAACCAUGACAAUACCUUGCUUGCCACUGGGGGCACUGAUGGCUUUGUUCGUGUUUGGCAGGUGCCUAGCCUUGAGAAGGUUCUGGAGUUUAAAGCUCAUGAGGGAGAGAUUGAAGACUUGGCUUUGGGCCCUGGUGACAAGAUGGUGACAACAGGCUGGGAUUUUAAAGCUUGUGUUUGGCAGAGAGAUCAGCUGGUGACAGGGUUGCGUUGGGAUGAAAACUUGCCUCCUUUACCAGACACACCUUACCGUUAUCAAGCUUGCAGGUUUGGGUGGGUGCCAGACCAGCCUGCUGGGCUGCGGCUCUUCACAGUGCAGAUUCCCCACAAGCGCCUGCGCCGGCCACCACCCUGCUACCUUACAGCCUGGGAUGGCCAUAAUUUCCUGCCCCUUCGGACCCAGCCUUGCGGUAACGAGGUCAUUUCCUGCCUCAGUGUCAGUGAAUCGGGCACGUUCUUAGGCCUGGGUACCGUCACUGGCUCUGUUGCCAUCUACAUCUCUUUUUCCCUUCAGCGCCUCUACUAUCUUCGAGAGGCUCAUGGCAUUGUAGUGACAGAUGUGGUCUUCAUGCCAGAGCAGGGACGUGGCCGAGAGUUGCUGGGGUCUCAUGAAGCAGCAUUAUUCUCUGUGGCUGUGGACAGCCGAUGCCAACUGCAUCUCUUGCCCAUUCGGCGGAGUGUCCCUGUGUGGUUGUUGCUGCUGCUGUGUGCUGGGCUCAUCAUUUUGGCCAUCCUGCUGCUUCAGAGUGUCUUCCCAGGCUUUCUCUAGCCUUCCUUGUUUCCUGGGGGAUCAGGACCCUGGACACUGAAAAGACCAGAGCUAGUCAAGGCCUAGGGUACCACUAAUUCCACUGGAACUGAAGCCACCCCAAGAAGACAAGGAAUGUGAUAGUGGCCCCCACCCCAUCUAAAGGCUGAAUGCUGCCCUGCUCUUUGCCCUUGGUAUACAGGGUUCCUCUCAUUUCAGCUAAGACAACAAUUCUGAGGUACCACUCCUUCCAAGAGCAGAGCUGAAACCGUUCCUGUAAGGACUGGAAAAUGUGACAGCUGUCCACACCUCACCUAGAGUCUGGAUGCUGCCCAGCCCCUGCCAGUCAGGAGCCAGCCAGCCUUUUCCCCUCAACAAUGUGAAGAUUGACUGAAGCCUUGGUGGCUGUAUUCCCCCCACUUUGUUUGAGAGGCUCAUCACCCUCUUGCUGCUUGGUGAAGGAGUGAACAUCCCUUCUCUUCCAUGCAGCUCUUGUUCAUUUGCCACUGAGAUUAAAUCAGUGUCCCAGUCCUUAACAAAUGUUAUGGGACUUGGAGGUUUCACAAAAGAAUUAGCGGACCAGUAAUGCCUCAACAAUAGGUUUUUUAUUAUGUCAAAUUUUCAUUCACAGAAGGGGAGACUUAUGGCCUAAAAUGAAACAAGUAGGAGUGUGGGUAAACAGGGGCAACAGGGAAAGGAAAUAAUCAGGUUUAUCUAUAGGACCUUGAGUGUGUACUAAUUAUCAGCCCACACUAGAAGGAGGAAAAGGGUAGAGAAAGAGGGUCAGCAGUCUUGGAGACACAAGGGCUCAACACCUCCAGAUAUCCUGAAUUCUGUCACUUCUUCCUAGUUAUUAUGUGGGGGAUGUCAUCACCUUCAAACUAGGGCAAUUCUGAACUGAAGGUCUUAGGUUUUAUCAGAAGGGACAUGUUCUCACCCCAGAGAGUAUGGUUGGUUUCCAGUCUCUAAUAGCACUGGCCAUUACCUAGCAUCUCCCUGCCUGUGUGAAAGAAGCCCAGCCAAAACAGUUAUAUGAACAAGGAUGGAGAAGUUUACAGAAAAUGGUAGGAAGAUGGAGAGGGUAUUCUGAGUGUCUGAGCAGAAGGCAGACACACCUGGCCCACAGCAAGCCAGCCUGACUCUAAAUAUUAAGUGUGGGUUAUUCCUAGCUAUAAGGGGAGAAGGGACCUCACUGAGUCAGACAGGUAAAAGUUAAGGUUUAUUAAGUGAGGGGAAGCUGAGCUGAGAUCUAUGGCUCUUCUCCUAGGAGUCUUGUCAGCCCUUGGCCUUCCUCGGAAGGUAGGGUUUUGCUGACGGCCUGCAGUUCCUCUGCAUGCUGGAAGACAGCAGCAGCAUACUGGUGAAAGAGGCGGCUCAUGUAACAGUACUGCCAUGGGAUCAGCCCCUCCAAGAAACCGAUGUGGCCACCCCGGGAUGUAAUCAGCAGUGCAACAUUUGGCAAGUGUGUAGCAGCCUGUAGUGGGAAAGCUGGGAGUGGGGGGGAAGGGAGAGCUAAAUCAGGAGCUAGAGGCUUUAUGAAAGCUCUUUACCCUAGCCCCCUAAGCUAAGCCCUAGGGUCAGUUUCCCCCGGAAUUUGAAGAAUUAUAGCUAACACAUAUCACUGUAAAGUUUGCAAGUCAUUUUGCCAACCUCAUUGGAGCCUCAUGACAAUCCUAUAAUGGGUGCUAUUGUGAUUCUCAUUUUACAGAUGAGGAAAAAGCUGCAGAGGUUGUUAUUUGUCCAGGGUCACCCUAUAAACAAGUGUCUAAGGCAAGGUUUUAAUCCCAGUUUUUUUGACUCUCCAGCACUAUCCCUUAUAUCAUGGUACCCUCUCUCAAUGCUAAGGACAAAGGGACUCACCUUGAGGUGGGGAGAAUGGGUCAUCUGCUGCAUUGAGACAGAGCACAGGGAUGCAGAUUGCUUCCACCUUGGCUCCAGGGCUUGCUGAAUGGUAGUAGGUAUCACAGUCUUUAUAGCCAAAGGCCAGUGUGGUAUAGCGCUCAUCAAACUGUCGGAUUGUUCGGGCCUGACAGGGACAGAGUUGAGCUUAGCAGUGACAGUGGAGAAGGAUGCUAAGGGACUGGGGCCAAGUUGGGUGUUGGUUCUUUACCUUAAGCACAUAGUCCACAUCCAGUUUCUCUUCAAUUGCUUUCCUGUGUCUGUAGUAGAGUGUUUGUGUCAGGGGAACAGUUACAUCUCUAGUCUCCAGGAAUCUUUCCCUAGUUCCAGCCUUACCAAUUAUCCCUCUCCCAUAUUGGCUACCACCCAGACCUGCUUUUAUUUUUUUCAAUAGCAAAAAGACAUACAAUUUGGACUUAAUUGACAUUUCCUCCAUUUUCCCACCCCAUAACUGCCCUACCGUCCCACAAAUCGGCAGAGUGCAGCUGUGAGGUGCUGGUUGAAGAGCAGUGCAUUGAGUGGUGUCUCUAAGGAGCGUGUGGUUUCAAAGGAGUCCCAGCAUGCAGACAGGGUCAGUGCUGCCACCAGCCCUGCUGCAUUACCUGUGUGUGCCAGAUGGUUCAGCACCAAGACCCUACAAGAGACUAGAAUCAGAACCAUGAAGGGAGAGGGGAGGGAAAGGGCUAGACUCAGUUGUCAUCUGAAGCUGGUAAUCACCAAAAAAGGAGAUAAUGGAAGGCCUACACCAAUGAUUCUUUUAGGGAAGGGAAAAGGAAUAAUAGCUGAGAGUUGGGCCAACUCAGGAAGAUAAUGUUAAGGAAGCAGGGCCAGAGCUUAUUGGAGGUAUAAAUGAAAGAAGGGAUAGAGAUUUGUUGUUAAGGAAGGACUGCAAUUUCAAGUCAUUUCUAACAACCCAGUUGGCUCUUACCCUCCUAGUGAGAUUCCUACAGCCAGCAGUGGGGACUGUGGAUACUGGUCCUUUAUGUGAUUCACAACUACCUCCAGGUCCUCUGUGUUACCAGCGCAAAAGGCCCUGUGGGUCUGAGGACAAAUAGUGUUACUCAAAGAUAGGAAUUGACAGAAAGGGACAGAACUCCAAGAGGCAAGAUAACUCAGGCAAGGUGGAAAAGGAGAAUGAGGGCAGAUAGUUGCAGGGUCUUUAGGGAGACAAGGCCAAAGGCUACAAGACUGCUGAGGAUGAUGGGAUCAAAGGGGUGAGAACUUAGUACUUGAAAAGGGGAUGGAACUCACCAGCAGUUCUUCCCCACGGCAGCCCCGGUUAUUAAACACAACAGUCCUAUAGCAGAAACAAUCACAUUUCAGUCAGACCCACCAUAGAAGGAUGUUAUUCCUUUUGGGGGCGGGGGGGUGAUGUAGAGAUCCUAGUCACAAGGGACCCAGAUCUAAAAUUCCCAGAAUUGUUUCCAUCUUCUAGUAGCAGAUCCCUCCCAGCAUCUUUUCAGUGAAAUCUGCCCUUCCCUCUAUCUCUCUCUCCAUCCUGAACUACUCAGAUACCUGCCAGCCACCCUCAAUUACCAUUCUUACCUGUAGCCAUCUAGAGUGGCCUGGUAUACUAGGUGGAGGAUAUAGGUCUCCUGGCUGCUGCCUGUGAUGCCUGGGAGCAGUAGCACAGUGGGCCGGUUGACAGGGUUAGGAUAUUGGCUAUUCUCAGGUUCUUCGGCCCAAUCUAACAGGAGCUGUCCCCCAUCAGGUGUCUGGAGUACCUCACUGUGGAAGGGUGUAUACAGAAGCAUGUCUUGGGAUUUCUGUACUUCUGUUCCAAGAACCCUGUUAACACCCCAGGUCCAAACCUAUUUGAUAUAAACUAUCUUUCCCUACCUCAGAAUCCCAAGGCUAAGUUAGUAAAAAUGACCAACUUUAGUGUUUUUUAUUUAGUAGCAUGGAGGUUGGAGCAGCAAAACUCCCAAAUAUGGCAGGAACCAGAUUUAAAGUGUAAUUGGGAAAUAUUUAACAAAAUAAAUAAAAAUGUAACAUACAUCAUUA